UUACCCCUGUCCCGGGACAAGACCCAAAGGGCCUGCCUCCGCCACUACCUACAAGAUGGUAGGGUAAUAGUAAUUUCGUCGUUGUUAAUAUUCAAUUGUGGUAGUGUUAAUGGAGUGAUCUAUCAUUUAAUUAGUCUGAACGUUUGGUUUUUAAUUAAGGUUCAAAAAGGCGUUAGGCAUAAGGUGUACGUUGGGGCCUUACUUAGCGUCUUGCUAGCCUUAGUGCUCUACACUUGUGAUAAGCAUCCCUCUCCCCCACUUUUCAUUCAUCCAGAAAUUGAGAGUUUCCAUCUUUAGAGUUUUCUCUACACUUGUGAGUUUGAGUGAAUGCGAGCUCGGCUGACCUAGUGCUUUAACGAGACUUGAGUACUAAGUGCCGCACAGCGAAGAGUUGAUCCGUGACAAUUCCCUGACAGUGGCGAGUAGGGGUGGAGUGAGACGGAGAGAGCCGGAAAGAGGAGGGGAAGAGAAAGAAUCAUUUGGGUUGCAUUCAAUCACUAGGGUAGUUUUGAAAGAAUUUUUGAGCGGUUACUGUAAGGCUUUUACCCUUUUUCGUUUUUCUCAAUUAAUAAAACAUUUAUCACCAUUACGCAAAAAAUUAAAUGGACAACAAGUAACUGGCCAUUAAUUGAUGUUGUCGAUAAAUACUCUAGUUUCUCGUCUGGCCUUGUAAUGCGAGGGGUGGAUGUGCAAUAUCUAUGGCCUUGGGCUCCCGAUUAUGGUGAGUGUCCGACCCCUAUCUCGCAGAGUUGCUAGCUGUAAGAGAUGCCAACUUAUUUGCGGUCUCAAGAAAUUUGCUCGUCUUUUUGUGGAAGGUGAUGCUGAAAUGGUGAUCUGGCAACUUGUCAAAGGUGGUGGAAGAUUUGUUGGGCGGUUGCUUGUUUCGUGAGUGCGGAUAGUUUGAGGGUUGUUAUUUGUCGUCCGAGUAAUUACUAUUUGUCGCCCACAGUUUUGGAGUAAAUGACAAUUUGCCCCUUAUUCGUAGGAAACCUUCCCACCCUCCACCGCUUUCUUCCCUACCGGGAAAUUGCCUCCCAGUGCCAACACAAUUGCCUUCUUCCUCCAACCCUUACCUCUCUCUCUUUCCUCCAAGCCAAUGCUCCCCCGACAUAGCUUCCUUCUCAUGUCCCUACCGUCAUCAUCAUAUUCGAGAGAAGCGCCGGCGACGACCACAAACCAAACCCCAAAAUCCAUCUCCGACGACGAUCAAAACCCCAGGAUGCUUCCAGAUCGAAGCUCCGGGCCUUCUUCCCGACAUCGUCAUCGUCUUCCCGGGACUGUCGUCUCCAUCGUCCGUCGGAGAUUAGCAGUCAGACGUCGGAAGUUCGGACAGAGAGCGCGGUCAGACGUCGGAGUUCGGACCGCGUCCGAUCGCGGGAGUCGGACCCCGUCCGAUCUCCACAGUCGGACCACGUCCGAAAGUGAGCUUCUGACCACGUCCGAUCUCCAGCGUCGGACGGCCGCCGAUGACUUUUUUUUUAUGGUUUGCCGAUGACUUUUCUUGUGGAGAAUGUAGCGAUUUUUUUGUUAUAAUUGUGGUUAAAUAAUUAUAUUAUUAUAAAUAAUUAUAAUAAAUCUGAUAAUUAGGCAAAUAACAACCCCGUUAAAGGGAGUUUUUUUUAAGUAAGAUUGAUUUUUCCGUUGAUAUAUUAUCGGUAGAAUAUUAAUAGAAGAGUUUUUUUAGGUCAAAUAUAAAAGUUUACAUUUAUGAAAUAUUUAAUUACCGCAAAAAAAAUAAAAAAAAACUUAGCAAGAUUUACAUAAACGGAAACAUUCCUAUAAUUAUGGGGGUGAGAGUUAGAUCUUCCAUCGAUCUCGUUCAAUUUUUCCAAUAACUAGCUUGUAACCCGACCCGUUGGUCGGAGGAGCUGAGCCGAAUAUUGAAUUAUUGGGAUAACCCGUAGAUUCAACCAUUAAGCUAAAUUGGUCUAAUGGUGAGUACCGCCUAGCAUAUCCCUAAUAAUCAUACCAAAGUGAAUAUAUUGGAACAUAAACAGUACAUCAAAAGUUGGUACAACCAUGAAGUUAGACCAUUAAAAACAUACCAAUGAAAUUGAAUAGCAUCGAAAAACUUCAACUUCAUUAUAUAAUUACAUGAGAUCAGAAAGAGAACACCAUUAAUUUGAUUUAUAAAACUUUCAUCUUGUCGUCAUUGUGCUUUCUGGUUUUUGUCAGGCCAUGAUAAAAUCUAAGGAAAUCAAGAACGAACAACACGAUUUGGGAUAGGAACCGCCAUUGUCGUGUUCCUAAAGAAUGGUGGUAAACACGGACUCACCUGCCAAACUGGUUUGGAUUGAGAUUUUUAUCGGGUAUCAGGGAACCAUGUGAUUAUAAAUUAGACUUGAUCAAAACGGGCCAAAACUUAAAAUUCAGCCAGUUUGACCGACCCAUGCAAAAUUCUAAUUAUUCGUUACUUUUAAACUUUCUAUUUGAAAAUAAAAAAUAGUGAAAGAAAAUAGAUUACUGCAAUUCGCCAUUUGCACAUCACUUAUUCGGGAAUAAAACCAUAGAAAUUCAAAAGAAACUGAAAAUGUUUAGGAUCGUUUUAAUGUUUAAAAUAACCAAAUAGAUCUUUCUGUUUAGUUUUUUACUAACAAAUACCAAACGAUUCACUACAAGAAAAAUGGAUUAUAGAGACAAUGAAAAUGUGUCUCUAUUGAAUACUCAUUUGUCUCUAUACUUCUUUAGAUGCAAAUACCAUAUUUGUCUCCUCUAGAGCAGUUGCAGUAGCCUUAUAGAGACAAAUAUAGAGACAAAUAUUAUUAGGAAAAUUUUGGUAUUCCACAAUUUUGGUAUUGUCACAUUUAUAACUAGUAUAAAUAUUAAAUAACCACAAAUGCGAUACUAAUCAUAAUUAGAAUAGGUAAAUAAUUUUUAAUUUAUGAUCAGGUAGCAAUCAAAAUAAGGGAAAAAUUAAAAAUCCACAAAAAAUUAUCUAAUGUACGAGAUAACUAGUAGGGGCUCAAAAUAGGGUGAGUAACCUUAGGGUGAGUAACAAUGAGUAACCAAAUCUGGAUCCUUCUUUUAAGUGGCUGCAGAUCUAAAGGUGGAGAAUUAAAAGAAUUUAUUUUCCCUAGUUUCUUAAUUGGAUCAUAUCUUCUUAUUUCUAACUCGGAUUUCAAUUUUUUUUGCAUAGAUGGAACGAGUUCGUUGUGCUCUACAAAAUGAUAUCCAUUUUCAAUAUUUUUUUAGAAAAAAAAAAUUUCAUCCCUCUCAUUACCAACUCCAUACCAUAUGGUAUCUCCUUCGUUGUUUAGUCAUUUUUUGGAAAUUUUUGCACAAAAGGAACGAUUUAAUCAUGAUCUAUUGGAUUCCAAAAUUUUAUGGGGAAAAAAUUCCAUACCUCUCGUUACCAACUCCAUACCAUACUAUACCACCCUGGUAUGAGGUGGUAUUUUUCAUACCAUAUGGUAUGCUGUUAUUUAAUACUAGUCAAUACCAUAUGGUAUUGACUGGUAAUAACUGGCAAAUUUUUUUUUUUGUUCCAAAAAAUAUCAAAAUGGAUAUCAUUUUGAAUUGUUACCAACUCCAUACCAUACUAUACCACCCUGGUAUGAGGUGGUAUUUUUCAUACCAUAUGGUAUGUUGUUAUUUAAUACCAGUCUAUACCAUAUGGUAUUGACUGGUAAUAACUGGCAAAAAGAUUUUUGUUCCAAAAAGUAUCAAAGUGGAUAUCAUUUUGAAGAGCACAAUUAAUCUGAUCUGACUGUGCAAAAAAAAUAAUAAUUAAAUUCUGAGUUAAAACGAGUGAGAAAUCGUCCGUUAAAGAUUAAUGGAAAGAAAAUUAAUGAUUUUUCCAGGAGAGAGAAGGAGGCGCUGAUGUGGCAGAUUCUUAUUGGGUUAUGCAUGAGGUUACUCACCACAAGGUUACUCACCGGAUCUGCUCCCACUAGUAGGAGCUUAUGGUAUGAAAUAAAUUGGAAAGUAAUAAUAAAAAAUAAAUUUAAUUGCGUGUUUCUGAGGAUUAUUACUAGUACGAAAAUUAUGAAGGAAAAAUAUCGCAAAUUCCAAUAUGGUGCGAGAGAAGUGGGGUUAAUUCAUUAUUUAAUAAAUAAACGGUUACAAACAUAAUUAGUUUCCCUUCCUUAAUUAACGUUAUUCAAAAAUAAUUUGUCAAUAAUUAUUUAUUAAUUAAUUAAAUUCCUUAUAAACCUCAAUCUUCCCUCCAAAUAAUAUAUGGAGAUUCUAUUUCAGCACCCACCCAAAUCAAAUUUUCCUGUUCAAUGCGCAUAGUACGGAAGGGUUGAUUAGUCUUUUAGGUUAGGGUUUUUUAUUAUGUUUUGCAGCGGGCUUAUUUCAUUUGAGCUUCCACGAAAAGUCUUUCAGUUUUUUUGUCCUUUAAUUGUUCAUGUUGUUAUUAUGUAUUAUUAUAAGUAGCCGAGUUCAAUUUGUAUUAGGAUUAUAAUUUAGAUUAUUGUUGGUUUACAAUCAGAUUAUUAUAUCUCUAAUAAUUCUAAGCAUGUAAUCCGUCUCUUAUUACUUUUCAAGGUAUUAUAUCUCAUUUAUUUAACAUCGAUGAUAUAAUUUUUCAAUAAAGUUCAAUUAAUUAU